AUGGCCUCUGAAUUCGAGGCAUCCCCGAUGAGUCCGUCUUCACUUGUAGCCUACUUCGGAGCUGCAAUGCCUCCUCCAACCAACAAUGCCUCCGUCCCCGAAGCCGGCCAGAGCAGAGUCCAGACCAACGUUAUCCCCAUCCACUGUCAGAACAAGAGAGAGGAGGAUGCUAGCAAGAUUGGUGAGAUCAAGUACUACGGCAUGGGCAUGGGGUUCCCCCUCCAGUACUACCCCUACUAUGGCAAGCUGCUGCACCCCGAUUACCUACAGCCUCUGGUGGCCAUCCAGUUUACCAACCUCACCUUCAACGAGGAGCUGCGUCUUGAGUGCAAAGUGUACGGAGCGAACAUUGACUACAGCGAGAAAGAUCGCUACCAAGGACGAUUUGAUGUUAAGUUCACCAUCACCAAUUCAUGACCUCAGAAAAACACACUGUUAUCCUCCCACAUUUCAAAACAAGAUGAUUUAGAAAAAAAAAAAUUAGUUAUAUUAAAAAACACGACUAGUCUUGGAACAAACUUUCAUAAUAUACGGGACCUAGAGUCAAUCUGUGUACAUCACACUGGCUUUUCUGCAUAAUGUCUAGGGUUAGAAUGUACUUUACAGGAAGAGUAGCACUAAGCAACAUAUUUAUUCUACUGUAAAUGACAAGUCCCUGAGUCAUGGGACAUGUUCAUCUCUUACUGUAAAUUGCAAUUCCACUACUGAUAUGUAGCGAGCAGUGUUUCUGUCUGUCCCCUUAAGUAUUCUGCCUAACGUGGUUUCUAUAUAUAUGUUUGGAGUGUCCAGUACAGUAGUGGCAUACAGUGGUCCUUUCCAAGCCAUGUUGUAAUUUCUGUUGUCUUAUGUCAGUAAGCUUUAGUGGUCCAAGGUGUGUUUGUGUUUUAAUGUGAGUGUGUGGAUAUGUGUUAAUGUGCUCUUACUAACUGAAAAUACUGGCAUGGUACGCUCUGAUCUCCAAGUCUGUCAGUAAACGGAUGCACUCCCUGGAAUGAUUUUCCUGUGUCUUUUUGACUUGAUUGUGGGACAAUAUUUCUACAUUACUCUUUUUCUUUUUGCAUCAACUUUAAUAUGGGACAGAGGGUUUAAUGAAAUGUCUUGUUUGAUACUCCUCUCUCUAUGUU